UUCUAUAUUAUGUUUUCAGGUUUUAACCGGAGCAUGCACUUUUUUUUACAAAAAAUAUAUAACAUAUUUCUGUUUGUAAAUGCUAAAGAAUGCCACCCAAACAGAGGAAAAUUGCUAUUAUGGGCUAUAGAUCAGUAGGCAAGUCGUCACUGAGCAUACAAUUUGUCGAAGGACAAUUUGUGGAUUCGUAUGACCCUACGAUAGAAAAUACAUUUACUAAAAGUACACGAGUUAAUAGCCAAGAUUAUGAAGUUAAAUUAGUAGAUACUGCAGGUCAAGAUGAAUAUAGCAUAUUUCCAACUCAAUAUUCAAUGGAUAUCCAUGGUUAUGUUUUGGUUUAUAGUAUAACCAGUGCUAAAAGUUUUGAAGUUGUACAAAUUAUUUAUGAUAAGCUACUUGACAUUACAGGAAAAGUCCAGUACGUUAAUGUUUUUAUAUGUUAAGUAAUGAUAACAAUGUUUUCCUAUAAGUAAUAA